GACUGGCAGCCACUCUGCAGCUGGUCGCCGGGGACCGGGUCCCUCCCGCGCGCCCGAGUGAUGGAGGGGAAGAGAUUCGUUUAGACAGACACACGCUCACACAGCUGGGCACGUCUCUGGGAGGCAGCUGCCGGCUGGGGAGCGCCAGGGGCUGGGCGGUGGCCGUGACAGCGCCAGCCGCUGGAAGCUGGGAGCCUGCACAGCUUGGCACCGGUGGCUCCAAGACCCAAGAAGGGAAGAACCGAGCUACACUGACUGUUGCUCUUUGGGGCGGAUCGGAAAGGAGCAGGCUUCCCAAGGAGCUGUCACAGAGGACGCCGGAGGCUCUGCCCUCAGCGCCCUGAGUCCGGGGUUGCGCUGGUGCCCGCGCGGUGCGAGGAGGAUGCGCCCUUCCUCCCGCAGAGUGGCUGCGGGCCCCGGCAGUGCGCGGACUCGGGCUCCAGCGGCCGCCCGUACCGUGUCCGCGCCGCGGGAGCGCGCCCUGCCGCACCUGGCUCCAGUCUCCCCGGGAAGUGCAGGAAACGCUCCCUAAACUACACUACGCACUUCUCGCCCGCUUCCUCCUCCGGCAGUUCCCUACCCGGGACCUCGCAGCCGCAGCAGCCGUGCCUCCUGCGUGUCGGCCCGCCCGCCUUUUACUAUCACGCGCGCACGCACAGCCCCGUUUGCUCGCUCGGCUUCACGCAGACUCUCUCCGCCGCGCCCAAACCUGGGCAUCCGAAACUACCGGACCAACUGCCGCUGGGACUGCCGGAGCCGCCCAGUGGCCUGGUGCGACCCGCUGCGGGCCCCCGGGCUCUGGGCUCCCGCCUGUGCCUCUGCCGCCGCGGACGAGGAAACGAACCAAGAAUAGAAGAGCCUUCACUGCAAACAGUUUAUAGGAUCCAAGGACAUUGACUAAAAAGAAGUAAUGUGAUUAUUGAAAUUGGAUAUAAUCAAGUACCCAGAGGCCUCAGAUCCGUCUUCCCUGCUCAGUGGUGUUUCUGGCGUCCACCUAAGGAGUCUCCUUGUCCAGCCUUGGAACACUUGGAAAUCAAACAGAAAAUCCACUUCACAUAUUCUUCUUGAAAAUUUCCCUCAUAUAUGUUCAGACCUUUCUGAAUAAGCAUAAGGAUUUGAAGGUACUAACAAGAGGGAACAAGCCCCAAAGACAGGCCAUAAGUGAGGAAAGGCCAUGGAACAGCCACCAACCAGAUAAUCGUCGCUGGAACAAUUGGGAAGUGUCUGAAUGUAGGCUGCAGAAGUCCUGAAGGUUGAUGGAGGGCCAUGCUAUUCAAACAGCAGGCGUGGCUGAGACAGAAGCUCCUGGUGCUGGGAAGCCUUGCUGUUGGGAGUCUCCUGUAUCUAGUUGCCAGAGUUGGGAGCUUGGAUAGGCUACAACCCAUUUGCCCCAUUGAAGGCCGAUUGGGAGCCCGUGGGCAGGCGGAAUUUCCUCUGCGUGCCCUGCAGUUUAAACGAGGCCUGUUGCAUGAGUUCCGGAAGGGCAACGCUUCCAAGGAGCAGGUUCGCCUUCAUGACCUGGUCCAGCAACUCCCCAAGGCCAUUAUCAUUGGGGUGAGGAAAGGAGGCACAAGGGCCCUGCUUGAGAUGCUGAACCUCCAUCCAGCAGUGGUAAAAGCCUCUCAAGAAAUCCACUUUUUUGACAAUGAUGAGAAUUAUGCCAAGGGCAUUGAGUGGUAUAGGAAGAAGAUGCCUUUUUCCUACCCUCAGCAAAUCACAAUUGAAAAGAGCCCGGCAUAUUUUAUCACAGAGGAGGUUCCAGAAAGAAUUUACAAAAUGAACUCAUCUAUCAAGUUGCUGAUAAUUGUCAGGGAGCCAACCACAAGAGCUAUUUCUGAUUACACUCAGGUGCUAGAGGGGAAGGAGAGGAAGAAUAAAACUUAUUACAAGUUUGAGAAGCUGGCAAUAGACCCUAAUACCUGUGAAGUGAACACAAAAUACAAGGCAGUAAGAACCAGCAUCUACACCAAACACUUGGAAAGGUGGUUGAAAUACUUUCCAAUUGAGCAAUUUCACAUUGUCGACGGAGAUCGCCUCAUCAUGGAACCUCUGCCAGAACUUCAGCUCGUGGAGAAGUUCCUAAAUCUUCCCCCAAGAAUAAGUCAAUACAAUUUGUAUUUCAAUGCUACCAGAGGGUUUUACUGCUUGCGAUUUAACAUUAUCUUUAAUAAGUGCCUGGCUGGCAGCAAGGGGCGCAUUCAUCCAGAGGUGGACCCCUCUGUCAUUACCAAAUUGCGCAAAUUCUUUCAUCCUUUCAAUCAAAAAUUUUACCAGAUCACUGGGAGGACACUGAACUGGCCCUAAAAUAAUGUCAUACAACACCAUGUGUUGUGCCUGAAGACACUCAAUGUCUCCUCUAGAGUAAGAUAUGCACUUUUCCAAGCCACAACUACCCAAGUCAUUUUUCCAUCUCUACUUGUACAUAGGCAGUAUGUGACCAAAUAUAGGAACAGCUCCUUUUCUACUGAAAAUUUACAAAAGUAAUUUGCCGUCUGCAUAGUUGCAUCUUUUAAACUUGUUACUAGAAGAAGAGAUGGUGGUAUUGGGGGAAAGUGACUUCAGCUGUUCUCAAAGAGUUAGUCUUCCCUUGAGUCAGAAGUUGUCACCCGCCAUUUUCAUUAAUUUAAGCCAAAAGAUUAAUGUAUAAAAUGUACCAAUAGCUGUGAAGCUGCAGGAAGUAGAGGUUUCAGUUAUGCAUUCUUUUCUAAGGGAAAGAUGGCUCUCUAAUUCAGAUGCUGAAUUGGUGCCAUGAAAACAGAAAAUGCUAUUUUCUUAUGAUUUAAAAGAAUGUCUUAUCUCAUAAAAUUGACAUUGUUCCAAAGUCCCCGUGGUGAUUUUGCACUAUUGUUUUUCGUCUGGACCAUGGUGUCACUUGUAGCAGGUCAUACAUUGGAAAGUCGAGUCCUUUUACUUCCAUAUUUUAUGUCAACAAAGAGAAAUGUCAUGUACAUAAUGUAUUUAAUUGUAAAUACUGGUUUCACACUAAGUAAUUCUAUUUUGUAAACUGAAUAUGGCUAUUUAAUUUAUUGUGAAAAUUAAAUUUAUUGUGGUAUUUAAAAAUGGAAUGGAUUAAAAUUACCCUAUGUGCACCUUUUUUUUUAACUCAUUUUGUUUUAUAUGCUUCUUGCUGGCUCCCAACCUCAAAGCUGUCUAUGUGCGUGUUGAGAGCACCUGGAAAUGUGCACUUCUCCACUGGAUUUCUGAACCCUUGAGAAAAUGUAUUUAUGAAUUGAGGUUGAAUAUAUUUUUAAAAAUCUCAACUAUCUGGAAAGCUAGUAUAACAGCCUCCUCAAAGAACACUAAUGCUUGUCUGCUGCAACUUUAUAAAAGUUAAUUUCCUUGCAGUUGCUGCUGUGCUAGGAGAAAAACAAGAAAUACUUUAACAUAAUCAAUGCAUAGAGAAUCACAAUUCUAUCUCAGCCUCUAAUAAGAGUCAAACCAGUACAGAAAUUGAAUGAAAUAAGAUUAGAAAACUUGUGUGGCCUCUGCACUGAAAGCUGCUGAUGCUUCAGAAAUGAAUACAAACUCUCAGAACUCCCUCUUUGAGAUGAAAAUAUUAUCAGUGUGCUCGGCAAUGAUCGAAUUGCAUCGUGUUGUUAUUACUAACACAAACAUUUGGCUCAUAUUUCCAUCCAGAGAAAUUAAUGCUAAAUUGGGUGCUUGCUAGCAUCAAAUACAUUAUAUUAUGUUUAAAUAUGAUUCAGAAAACCAUGGAAGGAGGUGUCAGGGGAAAAAAAAAAAAGAUGGAUUUUUCCCCAAUCACAAUUGCUUACCCAGCGGAAGACACUUGAGAGAGUUUAGUCCAGCAUCACAUUGAGAGUGCCUAGAGAAAUCAGCAAGUUAAAAUGGAUGCCUUUUUGAUUGUAAUACGUGUUGAUUUUCUCCGUGAGUUGUUUAUCCUGUCCAGUGGUUUGAUGGUGAACUUUUAAAAAUAAAUAGCCCUUUCCCCUCCA